AUGGAUUCCACCACAGAACACCCACCUUGUGCUUCAAACGAGUCACAUUUGUCUCUCAUCGCUACCCCACUCCGAGAUGUGGGUGCAACACCCUCUACUCAUACUGGUGGUACUCCGCUGCUGAGUCUUACACAACCACCCCCAAUCCCCGUUAUCAUCAUACAGAACAACUACAUUGCAGAGGGGGGAACCAUCAACAUACUUUCAAGUAACUGCAACGGUUCCACCGUGACCAAGUUAGAUCACGUCACACUGACUGCGGAGCCUAUACCCUUGAGCCCUCCGUUGGUGAGCCAGCCAGAGCCAGCGGAGUACGGUCGUGAAAGCAUAGUGUUGAGCGGUAACACGUUCGGCGAAUUGACCGCAACAUUUAGGGAGAGGAGUUUACUGGCCUUGUAA